AUGCAGAGAAACGCAAAACAGGCUCCCAUGAUAGCAAAUAGGGACAAAAGUCAACCAUGGUCGGGUAUACCUAAGCGUGGAACAUCUACUUUAAAUGAUCUCGAGGUUCGGGUUUGUGCUGCUGAGAAGAUUAACCAUCAAAUACUGGAUGAUAUUGCUGAAUUAAGACGUGGACUCAAAGUGGGCACCGUUGGCUAUAAUGAACAUAUGUCUAGAACUGGUCUUAGUGAUGAUGUUGAUUCCGAUGUAUCUGUGGUACAAGACUCACCAAACCCAAAAAAUCAGCCACGAAACGCUAGACCCUUACACACAGCAGAAGUACGCUAUCCACCAAAUGUAUUCAAAAUACUGCAAAAAUUAACAGCAGAUGUGCAAGAUGUUAAUUCACGUUGUGGAAAUCAAGCAAACGAUAUCCAGAACGUCUACCAAGAAUUGAAAAAUUUUGAAGCAAAGUUGAAGAAUAUUAUGCGAAAUGAGUUAAGAACGAUGCAAAAUGAAACACCAGUUAACUCUAAUUCGCCUAAAACUCACAAGGAUCCUGCACUGGAACUUGUUGAAGCCUCAAUUUCGCAAAUGCAAUCUGAUUUGAAACGGAUGCAUGGUGAUCGACUUCGAUUUGAGAACAACGUUCACAAUAGUCUUCUAGAUCAAACAACACGCACUGGAGAAAUCGAGAAGUUCACCAAGGAAUCGGUUGCUGAAAUUCGAGCACUCCUGAGAGAUAACGCGCAGGAGAUCAUCUCCAUAAGACAGGGUGUUAAGUCAGAACUGGAAGAUAUGUCAAACCAGCUUAAUCUACGAGUGAACACCGCUCUGGAGAAGAUCCAAGAUGAUCUUGCAAAUUCUCGAACAGAUAUUGAAGCAGCAUUAGGGCGGUUUAGUCUAGCCAAUUCUGGGUACGAAACCCGGUUAGCGGAGAUUGAAGAUGGAUAUAGGAAAAUGACCAAAACUUUACCCGACGAAUUGAAUGAGAUUCGUGAGGAACAGCACGCUCAUCAGAAGAGACUUCUCAACUCCCUUGCCCAGUUGGAUCUUGCUGUCGAGGGUUUGGAACACGGAUUAUCGGAUGAGAAGGAACAACUCAAAGGUGUCGUUGCGGCCGAGAUAAAAGCAAGAACAUCGAAUAUUCAGUCGAUGCAAACGAAGCUUCAAGAACUUGAAGAAAAUCUCAACAAUAUUUCAUUAAAGCUGAACUCGUCCAUCAAAGAGGUACAAGAGAGAGCUGGCCAACGGUCAGAUCAGAGUGUUCAAACAAGCCUUCAAAAUAUCGCUGAGGCAUUGCAAGCUGUUAAGGUUGGCUUACUUGAUAGAGUGGAAAAACUUGAAAAAGAGACAAAUGGAACGGUGAAUCGACUGUCACGUGGAAUAAAAGACUUGAAAGAGAAGUUCGAAGCAACUGAAAAUAACAAAAGCGGGGAUAGUCAAUCUCAAAGCCAAUAG